GUAGUAUUGAAUGUUCUUGUUUGUGUUUGGAUUUUGGAUUGUCUUCUUACCUGAAAUAACAUUGCGUCAGUUUCACAAUUGAUAAUUUAUUCGAUUUUAACCUCUAAGAAAGGAGAACAAAAAUAUGUACAACCAGUCAGGAUAUCCACCACCCUACUCAGAAAGCGGCCCCUACCCGCCUGGUCCAGGAUAUCCGAUGCCUAAUGUUGGAUUCCAACCAGGACCAGGACCCUAUCCUCCUGCUCCGGGUGAGGGACAGUACCCACCUGGAGGUAUGUACCCUCCCCCGCAGGGUGGGAUGUAUCCCCCGUCCCAAGGCUAUCCACCGUCCCAAGGUUAUCCGCCCUCGCAAGGCUAUCCCCCGUCCCAAGGCUAUCCACCAUCACAAGGAUAUCCAUCGUCUCAAGACUACCCCCAGCCACAAGGGUACCCUCCUCCAGGCGGCUAUGCCCCGCCUCAAGGCUAUCCCCCUGCUGGAGGCUACCCCCCGCCAGUGUCUCAGCAGCCCAUGUCUGGAGGCCACCCAGGAGGUCCCGAUGGUGGUUGGAUGAAUUUGCCAACAGGACCCCCGGCCAAUUGUCCCCCUGGGCUGGAGUAUCUUACGAGUAUUGAUCAGCUGUUGGUGCAUCAGAAGGUUGAGCUGCUUGAAGCUCUGGUCGGCUUUGAGACCAAAAACAAGUUUACCGUGAAGAACAGUCUGGGCCAGAAGGUGUUCUACGCCGUGGAACAGUCGGACUGCUGCUCUCGCAACUGCUGCGGCCCCAUACGCCCCUUCGGCAUGAAGAUUCUAGACAACUACAAGAACGAGGUGAUCCAUCUGGAACGACCCCUCGCUUGUGACUCUUGCUGGUUCCCUUGCUGUCUCCAGAAAAUGGAAGUGUUCUCUCCCCCCGGAUGUCUCGUAGGAACCGUGGAACAGGAAUGGAGCAUCCUUCAACCUUGCUUCAGUGUCAAGAACUCUGCCGGAGACACGGUUCUGCGUAUCGAAGGUCCUGUCUGCACCUUCAGCAUCUGCGGGGAUGUGGAAUUCAACGUGCUGAGCAAAGAUAGUUCGACUGUCGUAGGCAGGAUAUCGAAGCAGUGGAGCGGACUGCUGCGUGAGGCGUUCACAGACGCAGACUACUUCGGCAUCACCUUCCCCAUGGAUCUGGACGUUAGGAUGAAGGCAGUUAUGCUUGGAGCUUGCUUCCUCAUUGAUGCAAUGUUUUUCGAGAAGUCUGGUAAUCGUGAAACGGAUAGACCUGGAAUGUUUUAGUUUGAAAACGCUGCUGCCAAAAUAAACAGUCCAAUGCUGCUGGACUUGGACUAGUCAACUACAUAUUCAGAGGCCUUGGUUCGCACAAUACACUAAAUACAAAAUACAAUGCUUCUGCUCCUUUUUCUACUGCUACAAUAAUAUUUAUUCUUUGGAGUAUUUACACUUAUAAAGUUUACCAGUUUUAGCAAAUGUAUAUAUUUACUGUAGAAGAUGAAGAAGAAGAAUAGAAGAAUAGAAGAUGAAUCUUGUUACGCUGUACUAUUUUCCUGGUUCUAAAAUGGUAAUGUUUUUGCUUUUGUACAUAAAACUAUACAUUGUAUUUAAAUGUGUUGUGUUGUAAAGAUCAAGCUAAAUUUUGUAUUAUUAGUAACUUAUUACAUUUGAGAGCUCAUUUGCGAGAAGAUUGUAAACAAUUUCAAAUGAUAUCUCGGAGUUUAUAUAUAUGACUGAUUAGUUAGAUCAAAAUUGUAAAUUUUAUCUAUUUACCAAUAAGCUUAGUUUAAACUGAUUUAACAUAAGUAAAUCUGUAUGUGUUUCUGAUCAUUUGAAUGUUGGAAAUGAAAAUAUAUAACAAUGGAAAAUCUAUUUUUAUGUCGUCCACAAAUAGAUGAGUAAGUCAAUGUUUAAUUAUUUUUUUUGUGUGGCCUAUUUGAAAUUUUUUAAAUACUACUGUGUCGUACACUGGUACAGCACUCUUGAAGAUUAUUUAUUUAUUUUCAAAAUGUUGCAUCUCACAUCUUUAUGUUAAAAGACAAAAAAAAUACUAUAAAUGAAAUAUUAUGACAUUGAAAGUUUUGUAUGGGAAAACAAGAACAGUAAAUUUUAUUAAUUUGCAGCAAUUGUUCAAAUAACGAGUAAACCGUUUUAACAUUGGUUUGCGUUUGCAUUCUUUACCAAAGAUGAAAUACUAAACAUUUAAUUUUUGAUGAAAUAUAGCCUAGUUUUCAAGACCAAAUGUUGGAUUAGUAACUUGCAUGUCAUUUAUUUUAAUUUUUACAUUGUUUAAAUUGUGUAAAAGUUAAAUAACCAUAAACAAGAUAAUACUUUGAUCAAUGUUUUGUUUUAAAUAAGCAUUUUCAUUUGUUAAGAAUUAAGCUAUAGUUAAAUGAUACAUCGGGUAAAACAAAAAAUUAUUUUAAAAAUGUUAGUUGAAUGUUAAACUGUUUUACAAUAAUUAAUUGUUCCUAACAUGAUUUUAGAUUAUGUCAAACUAACCAAUUUCUAAAACUUAUGUCCAUCCCACUCUUCAUCACAUUGCUAAUGUUAUAGAUGUAUUUGUAUAUUUAUGUUUUGUUUACUAUCUAUUUUUAAUGUUUUAUGUUAAACUCGUUGAAGACUCAUUUCUCAGUAUGUCAAUUAAUAGAAAAUGAAUGAAAUUAUAGUGUUUGUCAUUUUAUGUAAUAUUAUUUAUAUUUUUUCCUUAAUCAUUUGUUUAAAUAUUUUUUUUAUUUAUCGCGACUUUAAUAAAUCUACUGUUUUUCACCUUAAUAUUUGGAUUGAAAUGUCUUUGAAAAUUUACCAUUAUAUUCAUGGGUUUGUUAAUCUAAGUCCCACCAGAUUGUGUAAUUUAAAGUGAAGAAAAAUCUAAGGGUAAACUAGAUGAAGGAAAGCUUAGUUUUUGAUUAAUAAAACAUUUACCAAUUCAAAAUCAUAAUUUACUAUAUUUUGGUGUUUAUAUGUGUCUGUUAGUGCUAUUGUCAGUUGUAAUAAUGUUAUCAAAACUAACUGUUACAUAUUUAAUUUAUUCUAGUCAUUUCUGGUAUACAACCAAAAGAAUAAUUCUUUUAAAUAAAAUGUGUAACUAUUAUUACAUAUUGCCCAGGUGGCUCCCAUUAGGGAAAACUCUUUGUGCUCAUACUAGAUAACACAUUUGUCAUUUUUUAUUUAAAAUUCACAUUUUUUUCUAAUAGUGGUGUGGGAAGGGCACGCUAAGCUUUUAAAAUAUAUGUUGUAAUCUGUUUUCUUAAAUCUUGGAUGAGGGAUCUAUAUAGGAUAUAGGUUAUGUCCUGUAAUCAUGUAUUUAAUUUUUUUAUACCGUUUUUUUCUGAACUUGAAUCAAAUAUUUAUUUUACUAUUUUAUGUUUAAACACCAGUUAACUUUAUCUUAGUACACAAUAAAAUUAGUUAUUAGGCCAACACUUACUCCUACUGUUAACAAUAAUUUUUGAGAAUUUAAUGAAUGUUGCAUGUAAUAUUUUUCUUCCUAUAUAUUUAUUCCUGUUAAUGACAAGAAGUUAAAUUACAAAAGUUUUAAUAAACUAA